UGAGCAGAGCCAAUAUAAUUUAUCCAAAACCUUUACCACGGAGUUGAGCAUGGACGAAUGGAGUAAAUUUAUAGAUUUACUCAUCCCCAUCAUCAGCGCUUCGCUACUCAUGGUUUUACCCUUUUACCUACACAAAAGAUCUGACUCGGUUCUGGACCACAGUCCAGAGAGCUGCAACCCUGAGGUCCACUCUUCCUGGUUCUAUGUGAUUUGGACCACCGUCUCCGUUACUGACACCGUAGGCCUCUUUCUCUCAGACAGAGGUUAUAUCCUGCAAGCGUUUUGGCUGAAGCUUCUCUGUGUAGUGGUGACCUUCUGCAUGUUGUUUUAUUCUUACAUCAGUGUGCAACGCCACAGAGCUUUGCUUUACAUUACCAAGGAAACCCGCUCCAUCUAUUGCCUGUUACAAAAUGGCGUGGCGCUGUCUGCAUGGUGGAGUCUGCUGCGUGCUCUGGUGUCACUGGGGGUGGUGAUGAAGUACGGGGUCGGGCUGCGGGACCCCCUGGUCAGCACCAUAGUCCUCAGCCUACUGCUGCUGGUCAUGCUGAUAUGGUUUCUCCUUGAGAACUCCGUUUGGGUCCAAUACAUCCACUACAACUUUGCUGUUUACCCAAUCAUAAUCCUGGGGCUGGGCUCGAUUUUCACAAGAGGAUAUCAAGCUGCAGACAUGGCCCCCAACACGGUUUACUGCGGAUGUUUAAUGCUGGUGGCGACACUUAUGAAUUGUGUCUUCCUGUUCCGACUGUGCUGUGACCCCAAACACUCCGCUGACGAGGCGUACAUUCUCCCGUCACCAAGACGACCAGAGGACUGCCCUACAGUGUGUCUGGCUCUAGAGAAGAAAGCUACAGAGGGGAAAUGGAAUCAGCUAUAAUUAUUAAGGAGUUUGUGUGUGUGUGUGUGUGUGUGUGCGCGUGUGUGCGUGUGCGUGUGCGUGUGCGUGUGUGUGCACGUGCGCAGGGGAAGGGGCAUUUAGGGCGGAGGAAUCCUCGCAUAUCAAUCGCGGAUGCUUCAAAACAGUUGAAUUUAGUACAAUAGAAGAACACUAUAUACGUCAGUGGUUAAACUAAAACACGCACAUCCAGAAUUCCAUACAGUUCACAGGGUCAAGUGACGUUGGUGCAUGGUAAGGGUUCAUUGACCUUUUUCACAUCAACAUAGACAUUACCAAGAGUAAAUAUAGUCUAAAUAUAGUCUUUUUUUAUAAUGCACUGUGUCACUGCUUUGAAAUGGAAAAUGUAAAUAAAUGUGCUAUCAGCACAAACUUGCCAUGCUCCACUGGUCU